AUGACUGCAGCGUCGUUCGCAGGGAGAGGACGACCUCACCAAAACCUCCGCCAUAGCCACCAACACAACCGUGCCCAACUUUACUGCUGUUCCACCACCUGGAGCCAAACUUCUGAAGUUCGCCUCAGGCCCUACGAAACACAGGUACGGCCUUGCCCGACCGGCCUAUAUUUCCUCUGCAACUUGGAUCAAAACGUUGCUGUCACAACGCGAACAGUUUACGGCUUCAAAUCUGAAGAGGGAAGCAAUGAAAAUGGUGUAGAAAUAAUCAAGGACUCACUGUCUAGAGUUCUUGUGCAUUUCUACCCGCUUGCAGGGCGGCUUGCGAUCAGUUCGGAUAAGAAACUUGCGGUGGAUUGCACGGCCAGAGGGGCAGUGUUUGUGGCGGCCGAAGCGGAUUGUAAACUCGAAGAUUUAGGUGAUAUUACGAAGCCUCAUAAUGGGAUGCUUUGUCAGCUUGUUUAUGAUAAUCCUGGUGCUGAAAAUAUACUGGAAAUUCCUCCCAUGGUGGCUCAACUUGAGAAUCUCAGAAAGAAAGCCUUGGAGGAUGGAAAUCUUCAUAAAUGCUCCAAAUUUGAAGCUAUUACGGCUUUUGUUUGGAAAUCUCGUGAUCUAGUGAAAAAUCAUCUUUCAUUUGCAGUGAAACUAGUCUCUGAUGUAGUUCAAAUGGUCCCAGACUGUUACAUGAGAUCUGCUGUAGACUAUUUUGAGGUAACUCGAGCCAGGCCAUCUAUGUCCGGAACCCUACUGGUUACAACCUGGUCCAAGCUAUCUUUCCAUAGCUGUUGGUUGGGGAGAACCUGUUGUGUCAGGGUCUCUAGGCUUGCCUGA